ACAAAAACCGCUUGUGGUGGUUAACAGUUUGAAAAAAAAAAUCUUAAGAUAUUGCUGCAUUUGUAAACACAUAGAUAUUUCAGGAUGGCAGUCAGACCUCUACAGCUGAGAUGUAAAACCAAAACGGGACAACACCUUCUUACUGGUCUAAACCUGACAUCACAGAUCAGUGAGCUGAAAGACAAGAUUGUCGAAGUCACCAAAAUCCCCAGGGGUGCCAUCACAAUCAGGCAGGGGUACCCUCCUAAAGUCAUAGACGUCAGUGACGACAAUAGCCCACUGUCCUCCCUACCAUUCAGGUCAGGGGAUACCCUUAUUGUGGAGGAAAAUCGGAAACAUCAGCAGGAACUCCAACAGCAACAAACAUGUGAAAUUGAUAAUGUUAUUCAGAAGCAGUCAAUUAACUCUAAAGGAAUUCUGAUGAGAAAGGUUGUGCCUGCAGAUAAUUCAUGUUUAUUUACUAGUAUAAAUGCUCUUAUGAAUAAGGGUGUUGUAGAUCUGUCAUGCUCAAAAGCCAUGAGAGAAAUCAUUGCCGGUGUGGUAAUGAGUGACCCUGUUAAUUUCUCAGAGGCUUUCCUUGGAAAGACCAACAAUGUUUAUUGUCACUGGAUCAUGAACCCCGAUUCCUGGGGUGGAGCCAUUGAAAUUUCUAUCCUAUCACAGUAUUUUAAUAUAGAGAUUGCUGUGGUAGACACACAGAGUUGUAGAAUAGACAGAUUUGGAGAGGACAAGCUGUACAAGGAUCGUAUAUUUGUAAUAUAUGACGGUAUUCACUAUGAUCCUUUAAUUAUGGAGCCACUAGACCCCAGCCUUUCUGUUCAGACAAUAUUUCCUACAAGUGAUGCCUCAGUUCUUGCUCAGGCAAUGGAGAUUGCAUCAGAAGCAAAAGCUUCUAGACAAUUUACAGAUGUAGGUAACUUCUCCAUAAAAUGUUUGGUGUGUCAGAAACUUCUUACUGGUCAAGGUGAGGCCCAGGCUCAUGCCAAGGCCACAGGGCAUAUCAAUUUUGGAGAAGUUUGAUGUUAUGUAGGAUUACUCAGUCAACUAACACACUGCAGGAAAUGAAUAUAAAACCGCAUUUACCAUCAUCAUGAUUAUACAUGUAUAUUGCUAUUUAUCUGUAGCUUGCUUGUCCAAGAUAAAUUUCAAGGGGGACUGACCAUCACAAAAUUCCAGUGGAAUACAGCUUUGCAGAUUCGGUUUCAAGUAGGAGGGUACUCGCACCAUAGAUGGACAUGCUAUAUUGUUCAUUGAGAAUUUUUCCCCUAUGUAUACAGAUGUAUUCUAAGUCACAAAGAUAUGCUUCACACAUUGUGCCAAUGAUUUCCACUAUAACAAUGAGAUGUCUGUAAGAGAAUGGUUUUAUGUACUUCUGCAUUUUGACACCCUGAAAUUUAAUUUCAUAUGUGUGUCAAAUAAUUAUAAUGUGAACACAUGUGAUAUUUGCUUUUGUAUAUUUUAUAUUACCAGAUGAUGGAGCCAAUGCUGUUCACAAUAAUAUACAAAAUGGCCAGCUUAUUUUUACUUUAGUCUACCUCAGAUACUUCACAAGUUUUAAGUUAAAUGAAUAAAAGCAAGCACAAAGGA